AAAUAAAUGUAUGAGAGUUGUAUUACCUGCUAAAGUAUAUGUAUUUCUUUCUAUGCAGUACUGAUAUGUACACAGCUGUCCUUUCACUGACCUGGUAUUGGAGGGGCCCUGAUCUUUCUCUGCUGCAGUUUCACUUUCACUUACAGGGGUGGACUGACAACGCAUGGGGCCCCCGGGCAAUAGGGGAUCAUGGGGCCCCUGUGUCCUUGCCCAAACUCAAAAAAGCCUAUGAAAAAGGUACAAGGGGCAUCUCAUGGGGCCCCCUACUGACCCCGGGCCCUCGGGCAGUGCCGAGUUUCCAAAUGGUCAGUCCGCCCCUGUCGCGGACUAGUCCAGAGAUCGUUAAUCAA